UUGUUUACUGAUGUUGUUUACAGAAAAGCGGAUGCCGAAUUGGAUCAGAUCGAAAAGCAAAUAAAUGAACGAAAAGAAAUCGCUCGACGACUUGUUGGAACACACGACGACGCGAUUUGUCAGAUAUGCCAGAAAACGAAAUUCGCUGACGGUAUUGGUCACAAAUGUUUCUACUGCCAACUGCGAAGUUGUGCACGUUGUGGUGGUCGAUCUCAGAGUAAAAGCAAGGCUAUAUGGGCGUGUUCGUUAUGUCAGAAGCGACAACAGAUCCUGGCAAAAACUGGCAAAUGGUUCCAACCGGAUGAAGCCCAACACAAGCUGAGCAACGCUGGGCAAGAAAGUCCUUGUCAAAGCAUGAGCCCGACUCCAUCGUUCAUACAAUCGUCGCAACCUGCAGUUUCACAACCUGCACCAGUUUCAAUGCCUGUUCCUCAACAACGGGUUGAGACAGCUAAGGUGUCGCAGUCGCAGCAACCGUUGCCCCCUCAACAGCAGACCGUGGCAAGCUCAUCGCAGUCGACCUCAAGACCAGGUACGCAGUCGACUUCAAGAUCAGUUCAAGAAGCUCCUCGUUCUGGUGUGAAUGGACCAUCAUCUGACAGGCAACAGGAGAGAUUUGGUGAAGUACGAAGGCAGAACACGUUACAGCGACAGCCAAGUCUGACCGAUGUAUGCCGUAUCCAUUCCUACGAGCUUAUUUUUUUCCUUUACCUACCUUUUUCUACCUGA